AUGUUGAUCGAGAGCAGAUACGACUAUGGGAAACGUGGGUUCUAUCUGGGCCGAGGCGGCCUGGGCUAUAGGAAGGUGGAAAACGAUUCGCAGAUUUUGCAUACGACAGAUUACACCCAGCCCUUGGAUAUCGCUUUUAAGGAGGAAGAGCGGAUGGCGUCACGAUUGAAAAGGGAAGGGGUGGUCAAGAUCAGAAUCGGUGUUGGAGGCUUUUUGACUUUUUGCUGUUGA